AUGCGCCAGGAGCGAGAAGGGAAAGGAAGCCACGCUGAACUUCUUGCACACCGGGUGAACUUCACACGUGUGAAGGCCAGCUACGAAGUGCGAAUCUUCCCAGAGAUGCGAGUCUCCUCUAAAGAGAUGGUGCAGCGCAUUGAUCGUCUUCAAAUCUUUAGCAGGUUCGCGGAUUUGAACCACCUCCUCGUCCGAAGCCUGAUCCAUCGUUUUCGAGACAAGCCAGCUGAGGGCGCCAUGCUGGAUGAUGUCGGCUAUGGCCGAAGGGAGGUGAAGCCACGGCCAGUGCUGCCAGCACUUCAGUUGGCGGACUGCAUGGAAGAAGGCUUUCUUCAAGAUGCACGAGAGGCGCACCAAUAUGUGAUAGCUCUUUGCUGUGUACUGGUGCUUUUCAUCACAUGUGCUGGCUCAGCCAUCUUUUCACUCAAGCAGCCAUCAGUGGUGCCCAGCCGCAGCAACCCACUGAUCCGCCGCUGA